CCACUUGAACGCCUCUCUCUCUUCAUCAUCACCAAAAAACCCUAAAGCACCUGGAGCCGCCGAGAUCAGCUUCAAUGGCGCUUCACCUCGCCAGACGCAAACAAAGACUACAAUCUAACCCCUCCCUGAUUCAUCUCUUCUCCACCUCAUCUCCUCAAGACGGGAGCGAAUCCGGCGAACAGCCUCCUCAACAACCACCGUCGGAUCUCAAAAUCUCCUCCUACUUCAGUGGCAUCAAGAGCAGCCUGAAACAACAAUCUCAAGCUAGAUUCGAUGCCAAAGGUCAAACCUUUUCCGGCGGAGACUUUCAGGACAUCAGGCGUAAUCUCAACGAGUUCCGACGAAGAGCAGCAUCUCCUCCGUCGAGGGGUUUGCAGGAUCUUUACAAGCAAACCGUGCUGUCAAAACCCAGACCCGAAAGCUCGCCUUUUGAGAACCUAAAGCAAAACUUAAGGCAGAUGAGGCCACCACAAGAGACGAGAUGGUCUAAUCUAUCGAGCAUUCAGGGGAUUAUGAAGGCGAAACGUAAUGAUAAUAACGUCCGUUCUAAUGUGUUCGGUGGAGGAGAGGGGCUGCCUGUUUCAGUGUUCGGGGAGGAGCUUGAAGAGAGGAAGAGGAAGGGAGAUGAGACGGAGGAGAUGAAGUCGGAGUUUAUCAAGAGAUACAACACCGAAGAGCUGGGGGAGAUACUGAGACGGUAUAGACCAGAAGGGAAGAAAGAAGAAGGUUGGUUCUCGCUGCAGGAGCUGAACCAGAGGCUUGUUAAGCUGAGAGAGGUGGAAGAGAAAGCAGCUCAGGGAACGAGGAAGGGGCUUCCCUUCGAUGAUCUCAGGUUUGGUAUUCAAGAAAAGAAAGAAGCAGAAGCCAGAAAAUCACUAGCAUUUCAGAACGUGGAUCUUUUCAGCGUGUUUAGUGAUACUCCCAAGUAUUUACUGGAGCCUCCCAAAGAGGAGCUAGUUCAAACUUAUUUCCACCCGGAUAACAUGUCAUCUGCGGAGAAGAUGAAAAUCGAGCUUGCAAAGGUCAGGGAAGAGUUCAAGAUGUCUGAAUCCGAUUGUGGUUCUGCACGUGUUCAAGUGGCACAACUGACUACUAAGAUCAAGCAUUUAUCCUCUGUUCUACAUAAAAAGGACAAGCAUUCGAGAAAGGGACUUAUAGCAAUGGUGCAUAGAAGGAAGAAACUGCUCAAGUAUAUGAGACGAACAGACUGGGACUCUUACUGCCUUUCACUCUCAAAACUCGGUCUUCGUGACAACCCUGAUUACAAGUUUUAAACAAAUGAAUCUUGAUCUCUGUAACUCUCUUUUUGUUCUUUUCAUUUUGGCAAAAGAGAUAAUGUGGGUCUUUCUGGUCCAUCAUUUUGGGGGGAGAAAAGUUGUUGUGCUAGAGUUUAUUACUGCAGGCUAUAUAGGCAAAUAGACUAAAAUUGUGUGUGAAGUUUGAUAAUAAAGUUAAAUUAUAGUCCAA